UUCUCCCCGGCCCAAUUCCUCUCCCCUGCAGCACCACCAAAGUUUCCCAACUAUAGAACGACUCCUUCGCUCCGUGUCAUUGUGCGAGUGUGCAUUGUGAGCUGCGAUGCCGACGGCGGCGGCGGCGACAGCGGCGGGGAUGGCGACGGGGCCGGGGAGCCGGGUGACGCGGUACGCCAAGUCGACGGCGGCGUCGGUGACGCCGGUGCGGCCGGGCAAGACGCACGCGCUCUCGGCGCUGGACAACGCCAUGGAGUGGCACGCCGUGCACCUGGUGCUCUACUGCCGCGCCGCGCCCGGCGUGGGCAGGGACGCGCUCAAGGAGUCGCUCUCCGAGGCGCUCUCGCUCUACCCGGCCAUGACCGGCCGGCUCGUCCGCGCCGCCCAAGGGGAAGAAGGGGGCGCGGCGGGCGGAUGGAUCGUGAAGUGCAACGAUGCCGGCGUGCGCACGGUGGACGCGACGGCGGCCGUCACGCUGGACGAGUGGCUCGCCACGGCGUCCGCCGACGAGGAGAUGGACCUUGCAUACUUCGAGCAGAUGGGGGCCGAGCCCUACAUCUGGUCUCCCUUCUAUGUUCAGCUGACGGAGUUCACGGACAAGUCGUACGCGCUGGGGCUGAGCUGCACGCACGUCCACAACGACCCCACGGCGGCCUCCCUCUUCUUCCACGGCUGGGCCGCCGCGCACCGCCGGGCCACCAGCCCCUACCCGCCCUUCCUCCACUCCCCGUCCUUCGCCGUCUCCCCCACCACGCCCCCCUCGCCUCCGCCUCUGCUCGCCGCCAAAUCCACCGCCGCCCCCGCUCCGCCUAAUUCCGAUGCGGCCAUGUCAUCCGCCACGUUCCACUUCCCUGCCGCCGCCAUGCGCGCGCUCCUGUCCUCCCUCGAGCCCGGCGCCACCCCGUUCGCCGCCCUCGCCGCGCUCUUCUGGCUCCGCGUCGCGGGCCACGACGCGGCCGAGAGUCGUCAGAAGGAGCUGACGCUGGCGCUCGACUUCCGCAAGAAGAUGCGCGCGCCGCUGCCGACGGGGUACUACGGGAGCGCCGUCCACUUCACCCGCGCGCGCGCCGACCUGUCCUCGCCGCUCGCGGCCGUGGCGGCCGCGCUGGACGCGUGCGUGGCCGGCGUGCCUGAAGAGGAGCUGUGGGCCGCCCUGGAGUGGCUGCACGCGCGCCAGGCAUCCGCCCCCGGCGGCGGCGGAGGCGGCGAGCCCUUUCAGAUGUACGGGCCGGAGCUCACGUGCGUGGCGCUGGACCACGUGCCCAUGUACGGCACCGAGUUCGUGGCGGGCGAGCCCCCCGCGCGCGUGGCGUGCCGCGUCGGGGGGGCGGAAGGGGAAGGGGUGGUGAUCGUGAUGCCCGCGGCAGAGGGCGGCGAGGCGAGGGACGUGGUGGUCACGCUCCCGGCCGACGCGGCGGCCAGGGUCUGCCGCGACGGCGAGCUCCUCCGGUACGGCGCCCGGGUGGUGGCUGGGUCGAAAGUGGAAACGGGGCCCAAGGCCCAGUAAGAUCCAGGCUCUGGAUGUGUACCUCUUUCCUUGCACUCUUUUCCAGUUUGAUUAGAAGGUGAUGCCACUUCAACUUCAAGGCUUCGAAUGCGUUUUGUACUACUCUGUUUUUUUAUAUAUAUUUGAGGGAAACUACUCUGUUGUGAUGUGUCGCUAUAUCUGCAGUGCACAAGUUUUAUCUUGCCAGUAAAUAAUUUAUGGAUUACCUGUUA